AUGUCGUCGACUGCAUACAACCCCGCCUUCCUCAAGCUUCCUCUUGAGCUUCUUCGAGAAAUCUGCCGCGAGCUGGUGGUACAGAGAUUCUCGGACAUCCACUUGGCCAAAGUGGCGUUGACUUGCAGGGCACUAUAUCUGGCUGCCAACCCAAUCCUUUGGGAACGUAUUCCUGGGCUUGAGCCCCUCCUCAAGCUCAUGCCUCGAAAAUCAUGGGAUAAAGCAUCAUUGAACGUCUAUUACGAUGCAUAUAAGGCUUCUAAAUCAGCUUCAGCCCCCAAUACCUGCGCCCGGCCCGUGCCAGACUUCUGGGCGCCUAUCCGGGAGCUGGCAAACCGGGUUAAAUAUAUCGACAUUUAUCCGAUCCCUUGGGCGAGACAGAAGAAAAUCUUACAGGCGAAUCCUACGCACAAACUCCUGCCGAAUGUGGACACUGUUCGGCUCACUCAGGACAAGGCGCGCUUGCUGCUUUUCUCGCGUGGCUCAGUCGAUUACUACUGCCAUUUCCUGAAGUUCAUCUUAUCAUUUUCGCAUGUCACAGUUCUCAGCAUGGACAACGCCCACCGGCUGGCUACAAGACAGGCACACUUUCCACGGCUUAGUUCGCUCACGCGUGAUGGUGACCUCCCUUCGAAAUCGGUCGUCGACGCAUUGCAGCAGCACCCUGCUCAGCUUCAAGUAGUGCAAAGUCUCACCAGCCAUCGAUUGCUGGGGCACCUGGAUAUAUAUAUUCCCUUCGGCCCCCAUCCCGAAUUGUUCGAAGGCCUUGCACGUUUGCGCCGCCUUGCCUUCCUCCGCGUCGAAUUCCGCUCCAUCGAGGAGUCCGGGCAGUCACCGUGGAUCGAGCGGCGGCCAAAAUAUCCUGCAGGCGCCUUCCCUGCACUCGAGGUCCUCCACGUCUACGGCGUCCCCUUCGCUGAUGCCGCGGCACUCCUCCAGAGCUGCCCCAGACGGCCUCUCCUGAACAGCGUCUACGUGGACUCCCCGGAAACGGAACCUCCCGCCAACGUCCUCGCGCUGACGGAAACCAUCGAGCGGGUCUGUGAUCCUGCGUAUAUCCAGGAUGUCGUCCUCUGCCGAAGGACCUCGGACGCCCAAUUCAACGACGCCGCGUAUCAGUGGACACUCACCUACGAGCAUAUCGCGCCACUCGCUUCGAUAUCUGGUCUCAAGAGUUUCGGACUCGGUAACUUUUGGCGAGUUCAUUUUACGCAGGAGCAGUGGACGCAUCUGGCUCGGUCCUGGCCCGAUCUGUUCAUGUUAGAAAUGAUAAUCACCGCAUUCUAUGGACCCACCACGACUUGCUGCUCGCUCGCAACGCUUGCUACUCUCGCGGCGCACUGCCCGGCACUGACAAGGAUAUACCUGCCCUUUGAGGCGACGACUAUUCCGCUUUUGCCUGCUCCUCCCAACCGACCCGCCACCGAUGCGGAGGUCGUUCGCAUUGUGCUAGGCGAUCCCAAGGACAUCAGCAAUGCUCAGGAGGUUGCCGUUUUCCUGCAGCACGUAUUUGGGCCUGGGGUCAGGGUUGACCUUGGUUACGAACUGGACGAAUUCGAUAAGAAGCCAGAGCUUGAACGACGGGACAAGGAAUGGCAAAAGGUAAUGUCUCUGACUUCUGGGACCCGCGGCCGGUCGCGCUGUGCACCCCGAGGGCUGCUAUCAGUACAGUGGUCCGAACAGGAGUAA